GAACUGGAAGAGGCCAAGAAGAAACUGGCCCAGCGUCUUCAGGAGGCUGAAGAACAAAUUGAGGCUGUCAACUCUAAAUGUGCUUCUCUAGACAAGACCAAACAGAGACUACAAGGUGAAGUAGAGGAUCUCAUGGUGGAUGUAGAACGUUCCAACUCAGCAUGUGCUGCUCUGGAUAAGAAACAAAGGAACUUUGACAAGGUCCUGGCUGAAUGGAAGCAGAAAUAUGAAGAGGCCCAGGCUGAACUUGAAGCUUCUCAAAAGGAAUCUAGAGGUCUCAGCACAGAAGUUUUCAAGAUGAAGAACUCCUAUGAGGAGGCACUCGACCAGCUUGAGACACUGAAGAGGGAAAACAAGAACCUCCAACAGGAGAUCUCAGACCUGACAGAACAAGUUGCCGAGUCUGGAAAGAGCAUCCAUGAGAUUGAGAAAGCCAAGAAACAGGUUGAGCAGGAAAAAGCUGACCUGCAAUCAGCACUGGAAGAAGCUGAGGGAUCCCUGGAACAUGAAGAAGCCAAGAUCCUUCGUGUACAGCUUGAACUGAACCAGGUGAAGUCUGAGGUUGACAGAAAGGUGGCUGAGAAGGAUGAAGAGAUUGAACAGCUCAAGAGAAAUAGCCAGAGGGCCCUGGAGUCCAUGCAGAGUUCUCUAGAUGCUGAGAUCAGAAGCAGGAAUGAUGCCCUGAGACUGAAAAAGAAGAUGGAGGGAGAUCUCAAUGAGAUGGAGAUCCAACUGAGCCAUGCCAACAGACAGGCAGCUGAAGCUCAGAAACAGCUCAGGAAUGUCCAGGGACAACUUAAGGAUGCCCAACUGCAUCUUGAUGAUGCUGUUAGAGGAAACGAUGACCUUAAGGAACAGUUGGCUAUUGUGGAGAGGAGAAACAAUCUCAUGCAAGUAGAAAUUGAAGAGAUGAGGUCCGCCCUGGAACAGACAGAGCGUGGUCGCAAAGUGGCUGAGCAAGAGCUGCUCGAUGUCACAGAACGUGUCCAACUUCUACAUUCACAGAACACCAGUCUGAUCAACACCAAGAAGAAGAUUGAGUCUGAUAUUUCUCAGCUCCAAAGUGAAGUAGAGGAAGCUGUCCAAGAAGCCAGGAAUGCAGAUGAGAAAGCUAAGAAGGCAAUCACAGAUGCUGCCAUGAUGGCUGAAGAGCUGAAGAAGGAGCAGGACACCAGUGCUCACCUUGAGAGGAUGAAGAAGAACCUUGAACAGACUGUGAAGGAUCUUCAACAUCGCCUGGAUGAGGCAGAGCAACUGGCAAUGAAAGGUGGCAAGAAGCAAUUGCAGAAACUGGAGAGCAGGGUGCGUGAACUUGAAAAUGAGCUUGAAGCUGAACAAAAACGAGGCUCUGAUGCCAUUAAGGGUGUACGCAAGUAUGAGAGGCGAGUCAAGGAACUGUCUUACCAGUCUGAGGAGGACAAGAAGAAUGUGUUCAGGCUUCAGGACCUGGUAGACAAAUUGCAGCUGAAAGUCAAAGCUUAUAAGAGACAGGCUGAGGAAUCUGAGGAACAAGCCAAUGUACAUUUGUCUAGGUUUAGGAAAACCCAGCAUGAGUUGGAAGAGGCUGAGGAGCGUGCUGACAUUGCUGAGUCCCAGGUCAACAAAAUGAGAGCCAAGAGCCGGGACAUUGGCAAGAAGGCAGAAGAGUAA